AUGUCGGCCAUGCGGAAACACAACGUCACGACCUUCCCUCGUCCGCCCAUUGUGGAGCGGACGAACCGUCACAUCCAGAUCAAGUGGCACGGCCAACUAGUAGCCGACUGCCCUCCCGGCGAGGCGUACUGGGUGCUGGAGGCCCAUCAUGCUCCCACAUAUUACAUUCCCCCUGCUCGAGUCAGGCUGCCUCUUUCGACCACCCCCCGUUCGACCUUUUCCGAGUUCUUCGGCGCCGCCACCAACUAUGCCAUCAUGAGCCCGAUCUCGGCGGCUGAGAUUCUCAGCAAUCGCAUCUGGUCGUUCAACGAGCCCCCCAAGGAAUACGAAGCCCUCAAAGGCUACCUUGCCUUCUUCGUCGGCCCCUGGGAAUGCUACGUCGACAACGAGCGUGCCCACGCGCCGCCGGGCGACUUCUAUGGUGGCUGGGUCACCAGUGACAUCGAGGGACUCGUGAAGACUCCUCACCAGCAGCACCAGUGGGGAACGAGCUGGGACGGCGUUUUUUGA